CUCCUGAAUGAAGUGUGUUGUGGAGUGACUCCGGGAGCGGCGGGUGUCCCGGACGCGGAUCAAAGCGGUUACCCCGGGGGGCGACCCGGGAGCUGGGCGGCCGAAGCGGAUCCACCAGCCGGGGGCCCUGCCCGGCCCCAGCGGGGAGCAGGUGGCCCGAGCCAGCAUGUCCUAGCCCGCCCGGCACAAUGUGGAGUGGCCGCCCCCCGGGAUGUUUCCUCGGGCUCCUUUUUCUGCUCUGCCGCCCGGAGCUCGCUGCCGGCCAGGCAGUGUGUGCAGGGACCCUGAAUGGGCUGAGCGUGACGGGCGAUGCUCAGCACCAGUACCAGACGCUGUACAAGAUGUACAACAACUGCGAGAUCGUCAUGGGCAACCUGGAGAUUGUGCUGAUCGACCACAACCAGAACCUGUCUUUCCUGCAGACCAUCCGGGAAGUAACGGGCUACGUCCUCAUCGCCAUGAACGUCUUCACGUACCUGCCCCUGGGGAACCUGCGCGUCAUCCGGGGGACCCAGCUCUAUGAGGACAAAUAUGCCCUCUUCGUGCUGCUGAACUACCACACCAAUGGCUCGCAUGCCCUCCGCCAGGUGGGAUUCAACCAGCUCACAGAGAUCCUGGCGGGCGGGGUCGACAUCGAGAGGAACGAGCAGUUGUGCCACGUGGACACUAUCGAGUGGAGGGACAUCAUCCGGGACCAGCUGAUCGACCCAGUGGUUCGGCAAAAUGGCAGGAAUUGUGCCCCCUGCCAUGAGAGCUGUGACAGACACUGCUGGGGCCCGAACCCAGAGGACUGCCAGAAAUUGACCAAGACCAUCUGCGCCCCCCAGUGCAACGGGCGCUGCUUCGGGCACAGCCCCAGCGAGUGCUGCCAUGACGAGUGUGCGGGGGGCUGCACCGGCCCCCGCCAGACUGAAUGCUUCGCCUGCCGCCACUUCAACGACAGUGGGGCCUGCGUCCCGCUCUGCCCGCAGCCGCUGAUCUACAACAAACUCACCUUCCAGCUGGAGCCCAACCCUGACACCAAGUACCAGUACGGGGGCAUCUGCGUCACCAGCUGCCCACAUAACUUUGUGGUGGAUCAGAGCUCCUGUGUGCGGGCCUGUCCGAAGGACAAGAUGGAGGUGGAGAAGAACGGCCUGAAGAUGUGUGAGCCGUGCCCUGGACUCUGCCCUAAAGCCUGCGAGGGGACGGGCGUCGGGAACAAAUACCAGACUGUCGAUUCGAGCAACAUCGACAGGUUCGUCAAUUGCACCAAGAUCCUGGGCAACCUGGACUUCCUCAUCACGGGGCUGAACGGGGACCCCUGGUGCAACAUCUCGGCCCUGGAUCCGGAGAAGCUGAAUGUCUUCCGGACGGUGCGGGAGAUCACGGGUUAUCUGAACAUCCAGUCGUGGCCCAAACACAUGCACAACUUCAGCGUCUUCUCCAACCUCGUCACCAUCGGGGGCCGGAGCCUGUACAACCGCGGCUUCUCCCUGCUGAUCAUGAAGAACCUGAACGUGACGUCGCUGGGGCUGCGCUCGCUGCGGGAGAUCAGCGCGGGCAAGGUGUACAUCACCGAGAACCGGCAGCUCUGCUUCCUCCACACCGUCAACUGGGGGGCGCUGUCCCGCCGCCGGGGCGACCUGGAGAUCAAGGACAACAAACCCCGGGGCAAGUGUGUGCAAGAAGGGAAGGUGUGUGACCCGCUCUGCUCCAGCGAUGGCUGCUGGGGGCCCGGCCCUGACCAGUGCAUCUCCUGCCGCAACUACAGCCGGGAGGGGACCUGCGUGGGCACCUGCAGCUUCCACCAAGGGACGACCCGGGAAUAUGCCCAUGGGGGCGAGUGCUACCAGUGCCACCCGGAGUGCAAGAGGAUGGAGGGCAACCUGACCUGCCACGGCUCGGGCGCCGACGCCUGCGUGCGAUGUGCCCGGUACAAGGACGGGCCCCACUGUGUGGACAGCUGCCCUGAGGGCAUCCUGGGCGAGCAGGGGCCCAUCUACAAGUACCCGGAUGCCAACCACGAGUGCCGCCCCUGCCACGAGAACUGCACGCGGGGGUGCCUCGGGCUGCAGAUCCAGGACUGCGUCACAGAGCCCCUGCCCGUCGCCAGGAAAAGCCCCACGGUCAUAGCAGUGAUGGUUGUGGGCUGCCUCUUUAUCUCCUGCUCCUGCUUCCUGCUCACCCUCCUGUACUGGCGCGGCAAGAAGAUCCAGAAGAAGCGGGCGAUGCGCCGCUACCUGGAAAGGGGCGAGAGCCUCGAGCCCCUGGACCCAAGCGAGAAAGCCAACAAGGUGCUGGCCCGGAUCUUGAAGGAGACGGAGCUGAGGAAGCUGAAGGUGCUGGGCUCGGGUGUGUUCGGGACGGUGCACAAGGGCGUCUGGAUCCCGGACGGAGACUCCAUCAAGAUCCCCGUCAGCAUCAAGGUGAUAGAGGACCGGAGCGGCCGCCAGACCUUCCACGCUGUCACUGAUCACAUGCUGGCCAUUGGCAGCCUGGAACACGCCUACAUUGUGCGGCUGCUGGGCAUCUGCCCUGGGCUGCAGCUGCAGCUGGUGACGCAGCUCCUGCCGCUGGGCUCGCUGCUCGACUACGUGCGCAAGAACAGGGACGCCAUCGGACCGCAGCUGCUGCUCAACUGGUGCGUGCAGGUUGCCAAGGGCAUGUACUACUUGGAAGAGCAUCGCAUGGUCCAUCGGAACCUGGCCGCCCGCAACGUCCUGCUGAAGUCGCCCAGCCAGGUGCAGGUGGCAGAUUUCGGGAUCGCCGACCUGCUCUACCCCGAUGACAAGAAAUACUUCUACAAUGAGAUCAAGACUCCGAUUAAAUGGAUGGCGCUGGAGAGCAUCCACUUUGGGAAGUACACACACCAGAGCGACGUCUGGAGCUAUGGCGUGACGCUGUGGGAGAUGAUGACGUUCGGGGCAGAGCCCUAUGCAGGGAUCCGGCUGGCUGAGGUGCCCGACCUGCUGGAGAAGGGCGAGCGGCUCAUGCAGCCCCAGAUCUGCACCAUCGACGUCUACAUGGUGAUGGUGAAAUGCUGGAUGAUCGAUGAAAACGUCCGUCCCACCUUCAAGGAACUGGCCAAUGAGUUCACUCGCAUGGCCCGUGACCCACCCCGCUACCUGGUCAUCAAGAGGGAGAGUGGGCCACUGCCCCCCGCCGAGCCUCCCCUGAGCGACAAGGAGCUGGAGGACAUGGAGACGCUGGAGCUGGAGCUGGAGGAGGAGCUGAGCUCCUUCAACACGGCCACCGGCCUCUUCGCCUCCAGACAGCGUGUGGACUACGCCCGGAGCCCGAACCUGAGCCCCCCGGCCGGCUACAUCCCCAUGAACCAGACCAGCCUCAGCAGCUGCCGCCAGGGCACUGGGCUGGGCUCCCGGCAGACCCUGCGGGCCAGGCAGGAGUCAGUGGGGCGGACGGUGUCGGAGUCGUCGGAGGGCCGGGGCACGGCCUCGGAGUGCGAACUGACAGAGGAGCUCUCCCUGCCGGGCAGCCUGUCCCAGGACCUGCGCUCCCGGGGCGACAGCGCCUACCUCUCCCAGCGCGAGAGCUUCCCCCUGCCUGUGGGCACCACCGACGGUGAGGAGGACGUCAACGGCUAUGUCAUGCCGGAUCUGCACAGCCGAGAGCGAGCGGCCAGCGUCGCCCAGGCUGCGCGGGACAGGCCCCUGGGCCGCGCCUCGGAGCCGGAGGAGGAUUAUGAGUACAUGAACAGACGCCCCCCGCAGCCCCGGCCGGCCUCCCUGGAGGAGCUGGGCUACGAGUACAUGGACCUGGGCUCGGAGCGGAGCGCCUCCCUGGGCAGCAUGCAGACCACCCAGCUGCCCGCGGCCGGCUGGGAGGCGGACGGGGCCGAGGAGGGCUACGAAUACAUGAACAAGCAACCCAAGCUCAGCCAGUCCCGGAGCAGCGUGCUGAGCUCACUGGGGGCCGGGCAGGACGACUACACCUGCAUGAGCGCGGCUGUCCCACGGGGUUCCCCCGAGGAGCAGGCCUACGAGGUGAUGGAGGCCAUCCUGGUGCCGGGGAGCUCGCCCUGCCCCAAGAACGGCUUCAUGAAACCCCUGCGGAGCCUGGAGGCCUCAGACUGCGCCUUCGACAACCCCGACUACUGGCACAGCCGGCUGUUCGCCAAGGCGGACGCCCUGCGGACCUAGGGGGCAAUGAGGGUGUGCCCAACCCAUCUGUCCCAGGGGGGCAGGGCCGUUGGACUCGGGCUCCUGCCUGCCCCUCGCCGAACGAGCCCCGCUGGGGGGCUGGGAGCGAACAUCCUGCCCCAGCCCCAGCGGGUAUUUACAGGCUGCCGUGACUCUGGGCGGAAACGGCGAAGGCCCCUUUAAAGGGGCAGCGGGGGUGGGGGCCUGCCCCUGCAUGCUGGGAUGCAGGCUAGUACUGGCAGCUGGGGGGCAAUGCGCUGCCCCACCGUGUAAUCAAACCAGUCAGGGGGGCAGCUCCCUCCCCCCUUUCCGCCUCAGGAUCAUAGGGACGCAGGACAGAUUCCUACGUCUGGUGAGGUGGGCAGGGGAGUCGGGCUGCAUCCUCCCCUCCCCCCCGUGGGAAAAGCUUCCUGUCAUGAGCUCCCAGCCUAAGGACUGGGGGCGUUUGGGGCCCAACUGUGGAUCAAGCAUGGAAGGGCCCCUGGUGGGGAGCAGCUGGAGGAGGAGGCCUGCCUCAUUCCUCACCCCCAAUCAAGCAAACAAUGGGGUGGGGGUCUGUUUACACCUGGAUAUGAAGAAUCCCGGAGCUGCUCCAGGCAGGGCCGUGGGGUUAAGUGAACAGAAGAGGGGACUGCUGGUUUGGAGUCUAGUGGGUAAAAUGCUGGACUGGGAGCCAGAACUCCUGAGUACUAUGUCACAGACUCACUGCUCUGAGCCUCAGUUUCCCCCUCUGGGCCACGUAGGGAGUAAUAGCUAUAGACCUUUAUAAAAUGCUGGGAGAGAUCUGGGCAGACCUGCCCCAGCCUUCUCUCUCUGCUGGCCCCCUGCAAACCAGGGGUUCCCCCACGACUGCUUCCCCCCUCCCUUUCUGCUGCCGAGCUAGGCACAGCAUAGGAGCAGAGGCUGUAGCCAGGUGGAGAGAGUUGGUGGGUCGGGCUCUGUUCCAUUCCACCCGAUUUCCACUGGUGUAAGAAGCCGGCGUCUGCUCUCGAUCCCUCAGAGUUUCUCUUGAUUCACACUAGUAUAAACCGGGGUGAUCAGAGCCAGCGCACACGCCUGGGGGUGAUCCCAGCCGGGCGCCCGAGAAAAGGAAGGCCAGCAGGCUCCAACCUCCGCCCUCCCCUCCCGUCACCCAGUGGAAGCUGUGCCUGAUGAAAGGCGUGGGAAGAUAGUACCCAACGGGGCGGGGGACGGGGACGACCCCAAGCCCGUGGGGAAGGAAUGAAGUUGAAGUUUUUGCACUGAAUCUCGUGGCGUGGUUCACUCCAUGUGCGAAGCUGGAGCAGGGUGGCCAGGCUCGCGGGCUGCGUCCCUGCCCGGGGCUCCAACCCGCGUUCCCGUCUUUCUUCUCCUCCGACAAGGGCCUCUGUGUUUGUCACGGGCCCGCGCUGUCUGUUGUGUCCAGUGUCUGUCGUUCCCUGGGCUGUGUGUCUGGAAUCACCAAAGGGCUGCUGAAUUGUUUCUGUCCUCUGCUGGGAGCAGAGCACUUGUGCCCUCCUUGCCACCCCCAAUGAAGCAAGUUCGGGGCUCUGAAUUCUUUCCACUUGAGGCCAUGGGAUGUCAGUGAAAUUUAGCUGGGGGACUCACAGCGGGUCUGAGCAGCCUUGGUUAAAAUGGCAGAAGUCGACGACUCCUUGUAAGAGGAGUGUUCUCUUGGGGUUAGAGCAGGGAGCGUGCGAGUCAGGAUUCCUGGGUUCUGGUCCCACUUUUAGAGGGAAUGGGGUCCUUCCUUGUGCUGACGGCUGCACUUGGAGCCAGGAAUCCUGGUUCUGCUCCCAGCUCCAGGAGGAAGUGGGUGUCUAGCAGUUAGAACAGGGUGUCCCCCUCUGCUCUCUGAGUUCUGUAAGGGGCAGGCGCAGGUGCAUUUCCCCCCAGCUCUACCCCCCCCGGAUGGAGCGGGAGGGGGGACAGAUGAUACUACAAAUGUCUGACUAGAGCAGGGACCUGCACGGGCCUUUGGAAGGGAGCAUGUGGCAGGUCUCCCCGAGCUCCUCCCUGGCACCUCCCCUCCCGGUUGCAGCCGGCUGAGCAGGGGGAGCCAGCCCCAUUGCCCUGAACUGGCUGUGGAGAUCAGAGACUGGAGAUAAGAUCUGGGGUGUCCAGUGAGACCGUCUCCCCUCUGCUAGAGCUAUGGGGAAGCACCGACUCGUGAUUCCUCCUCCCCCAGCGUGGGGCAGGGUGCGUGACAUGUCUGUCCUAAAACACAGCCCUGCAUGUCCGGGCUAAGGAGCCAGCGCUGGCACUGGGCCCCUGCUUGGCACACGUCUAGAAGCUGCCACUCUGCCCCCUGCUGGCAAGCGGCACUAACUGCAGAAAAAUGUUCUCACGUGGGAAGGGUUUAUUGUAUUUCAGAAUGAAAAGUAGAAACAAGCCUGAGGUCUCCACACCCGUUCUGUGCUUUAACCAGGCUGCACUGCUCCAUCCGUUUUUAUUUGUUUUAAAUGCAGGAGCUGAUAGCCUGCUAGGCCCGGACUCCUGGGUUCUAAUAACAAUCAAUAGCAUGACAGGGUGCGGGGUUUGCUUUGUUUUCUUCCCAGCCUCUCCAAAGGAGAAAGAACUAAGGAACACACCAAAAACCACCUGGCAGAGCUGAGCACGGGGGCAGCAGCUCUGGGCCUGCACCUUCCUACUAAACUCAAAGGGGCUGAUCCCAGUUUUGCUUCCAACUGGACUAAUUCUGAUGAAAUCACCGGGUCCAAAUCCUCUUCAGGUUGUUUACACCUGUGCAAAGGCCAUGUAAACUUGGCAGCUCACAAUAGCAGCAUCCUGCAGGGAUGCUGGGGAAGAUCAGGUGCAAACUGAGCCAAUCCAAUUUGCUAAUUAGUUCUUUUAAAGAAACACAUGCAAUGCCUCCAGUAGCCUUGCCUAGAUCUUCCAGAAGAGCCCCCUCCUUGUACAUUUUUAAAGCAUAAAGGUUAAUGUUCUGGAAAGUGGGGAGUACUUUUUUUUCCCCCUCCUGUCCUUGUUUCCAUUGUCUUGAUAUGUGUCAGAACUGGUGGAAUGAAGGUUAAAAGAAAUCUCUGAACUUUACAAUUUUACCUAUGGGACUCUCAGCCACAGGAUGAAAUAGCUUUAGUGUUUUGUUUUUUAAAAGAACGAGACACUUACAGGAAUAGUAGUGACACAAGCUAGGAUAAAAGUCCCAACAUUUGAAGGGAAUAUACUACUAUUGCAUAUUUAGGCUCUAUUCGUGGAAGGAGAUGCAUAGAGUUGGACUCAUUUGUAGCAACUGGGGAUGUAUUUAUUAAUAGAGAGGCCCUGUCAACAAAUUUGCUCUGGCAUGAGCUCGGCAAACCAACUACAUACAAACUGCAGUGUAUGAUAUACCAUGGCCAUAAUGAAUACAACAUUGGUGAAGUAAGGAAAUUGUAGGCCGUGUGCUGUGCUCUGCGACCGUGCAAACAAAUAUUCUACAGUCAAGGAGGGCUUUGUGAGCAGCAGUGCCAAAUUCAAGUAUUCAAAAAUCAAAAGCUCAGUUAUAACAUCCUGGUUGUUUUUUAAAUGAGUUUGGUUUGUAUUAUGUUUUAAUUUGCCUUCUGGUGUCUGACCCUUUAGGUCUCACAAGGAGUCGUAUUUUCAAGCUUUUUGGUGCAGCCACUAAGACUAGAACCAUACUUUAUUUAAUAUGAAGCUUUAAGAAAACACAAAAUGCAAAAACAUACACUGUGAGUGUUGGCAGUGCAAAGGAAGGGCCUCUCCAAGCACAUCUCACUGCCAGAUCGGGGCCAUAGGUGUGUUGCUACAGGUGGGUGAGGGUUGGUGCCUCCCUCUCAAGCGUUGGGCAUCCGUCACGCUCAGGGCUGGGACGCCGGGUUUGGCUGGGCCCAUGAACCCUCACGUGGGAAGCCCUCGCUCGUGCCGUCUCUCUGUUUUCUGUGCUUCCCGUCACUGAAGGAGUUUUAAUGUUGUUGUUUUUUUAAGACAAAAUAAAAGUGAAGCUGAUGAACAUGG